AAAAUCUUUAUCAGUUAUGAACACACGCACUGAAAGAAAAAUGUAGGCCACACUUCUCAUAGUUUCUAAAAUGUGCUCGUACCGUGUGUCUUAUGUCAAGGCCAACUGGCGUAUAUCUCACAUAAUGAUAAUGACAAAUAAAUAUUUCCUGGAGAGAAUACCAGUGACGUUAAGAAUGGACUUCAAGACAAACGUGGAUUUGAAUAUAACAUUUAAUUCAGAACGAGGCUAGUAGCCCGAAAUAAUUAUUGUUUAAUACGCCGACUAUGCAUUCCUGC